AUGAAGUUAUUCAAUAUCUUUGCUAUUGUUUUGGCAAGCAACACAGUCAAUUGCCAAAACAAGGACAGUAGUCUCACCGCCAAAACAACUACUGGCUCCUUUACCGGGAUCAUCGAUCCUAGCUUUCCCCGCACUCGACAAUGGAGAUCUAUCCCUUUUGCUGAACCGCCUGUUUCGUCCCUUCGGUGGCUUCCACCGCAAAAGCUACCGCCAGAUUCGAAGCGACAUAGAUACUCUGCCAAAUUCCCACCGUCAUGUCCCCAAUUUGUGUCUGGCGUUGAGUCGUACUGGAACACACCGUUGACAAGAGGUAAUCUCAUCUACAACGGGGCUCAAAAUGAUACUUCUGGUCUUGUGGGUGAAGCUACGUCUGAGGACUGUCUUUACCUAGCCAUCUGGAGUCCGAAAAGCGAAUCACCUGAAGGAGGAUUUCCUGUAGCAUUCUUCAUGACAGGCGGUGGGUUCGUUCAGGGCGGUGUUGAUCUCCCCUGGCAGAACCCAGAAUCUUGGGUCGAGCGAUCUCAAUCGCACAUUGUCGUCAGUAUCAACUAUCGUGUUGACAUUUUCGGCUUUCCCAAUGCUCGUGGGCUUGCCGAUGGCGAACAGAACCUGGGAAUUCUCGACCAACGCGCUGCUCUUGAGUGGGUUCAUGAGAACAUAGCUGCUUUUGGGGGCAAUCCUGAGCGCAUCACCCAGUGGGGUAGGUCGGCAGGCGGCAUGAGCGCCGAUAUACACUCAUUUGCUUGGUAUGAAGAUCCCAUCGCUCAGGCAUAUUAUGCCGAGUCUGGCGUCGCGUUGAAUAUCGACGGCGCACUCGAACCAGCAAGUGAGGUCACAUAUUCCAACUUCAGCUUCGUCGCCCGACAUGUUGGAUGCGACGCUCCUUGUGGAGAUGGUUGUGAAGAUAAAGAUGGUCUGGCAGAGCUCGACUGCAUGCGCCAGGUUUCCAUGGCUCAAAUUGUGAACUUUGUUGGUCAAUAUGGCGACAGGGGGGAAAGUCCACCAUUGACCUUCAGUCUGAUGAUAGACGAACGAGUAAUAUUCUCAGACUAUCAUGCACGAGCAGAAGCAGGCAAGAUUGCACGCCGACCCGCUAUGUUCUCCAUGACAGCGAAUGAGUACUCAAGUUUGCUGCCCUGGCCACCCAAGAACCUCACCGGAGGACCGGACCAAGAUGUUGUCAACUCAGCGACGAUUCCGUUUUCCUACGCAGCAGAGUUUCCAAACUUGAACACCUAUUCAUGGCUUGGUGCUUACCAUAACUCUGAAACACCUCUAUUAUUCGGAACAUAUGGGCUUUUGGAUCAUAUUGCGAAUACGACUCAGUAUCAAGUCGACGCUGGGGGAUUUUCGGAGAAGACACCCAAGAUCUUCAUAACCAACUGA